AUGUCAUCAAGGAAUCGAGACGACGUUGAAGAGAUCGUGCUGGGUGGUGGGGCUAACGGGAUCACCUUCGUGGACGGCCCGAGGACGAGCGUGGAGCUCGUGGGCGAUGUCGCUGUCUACUUCAGUGGGACGCUCAACGAGGAGCUCAGCAACGAUUCUGAGAGCUGCGCGCACGAGAUCUGGCGGCGAUACAACAACAGACAGCAAUAUCCGAACGGAGCCAUCGACCUGGGGCCGCUGUCUGGGGAGUUCUCCAUGAUAAUCUUCGAUAAACUCGCGGGUUGCAUCCUCGCCGCGAGGGACUCAUCCGGCGCCGUGCCCCUCUACUGGGGCACGAGCAACUUUGGCGAGUGCCUGCUGUUCAGCUCUGACCCGCGGCUGCUGGAGGAGAGCUGCGCGGAUGCGGACGCGUUCCCGACCGGCACACUGUUCGUGUCCAAGUGCGGCGAGAUAUCCGGCGACCUGAACAUGCUCGUAUCGGACGAGUGGGCCGAAGGCGAGGAGGACCUGAAGGAGGAGGAGGAGGAACCCGACUACCUGGUGAAGGAGGAUGAGGCGCGCGCCGCGUUUCACUCGCCGUUUGGGCACAGGGGUUUCGGGAGCGGCUCGACCGCGCUCAAGCGGUCGUGGCAAAACCUCGUGCCGUCGGAAUCGCCGCACGGCUCGGAGCUCUCUCUAGAGAACUUGCAGCAGCAACCUGUGGCGUGA